AUGUUGUUACUGCUAAUUUUACUCUCAAUUAUUGGAAUUGCCUAUCCAACUGCGCUUCCAAAGCAAAACAUAUCAAGCACAGUGAAAAAUGAAACUGGCAAAGGACAUUGGUAUCCACCACCAAUGUCACCAAUGUAUGGCGAAAUAUCACCAUUUUCCUAUCCAAAUGGUUAUCAUCAGGCUUCAUCAGGCUACUAUCCCUAUACAUCUUGUUAUCCACCAGCAUCAUGCGAUAAAGUAGUACCACUUGCGCUUGAUCAAUUUUAUUGUUCAGCACAUGGGUCAUUCGCGUUAGAAACAGGGAGUCCAUCAAACAAACUAAUGCGAGAAUUUUGUCGAUUCACCGCGACCUCCAGCGAAAAUUCGUGUAGUACCUGCUGCAAGAUUGCCGCACGGCACUAUACUACCUCAGCUGAUGAAGUGAGCGGUAUAAUAUUCACAUUCGAUCCAAAUACUCCACCCAUACACACUCAUCCUAGACCCCAGCAUGCUUCACUUCUUCGAAAAAAAAGGACCAUUACUACUCCUACUGAGACAAACCCCAUCAAAUCAGCCAUUAAGAUGCAGAACUCAGUUAAUUUAGCAAAUUCGCCUGGCCUACUACCAAUUAGCGGCGUAACACCAUCAAACGAUAUACCACAAUGCUUCUGCUGUGCACCGGUGACAUCUAUCCAUUCAUUCUGA